AACAUCUACUUUUGAGGCAGUGCUCUUGUUUGGAAAGUACAAAUCACUCAUUGUACAGCAGGGCGCCUUUGUUAACAAGCUGGGUGUAGCUCACAUUUUUGUUUAAUUCUUCUAGGCAUCUCUCUAACAAACAAGUAUUCUUUACAGCUCAACUCAAUAAUCAAUACAGUUUUCCUAGUUUACAGAGCAAAUAAUUACUUUCUGAGAUUACUUCACAAGGUCAGGGAGAUGUAUAUAUAUAGUGCAGAGAGAAAAUGCUGAGAACCAUCUUCUGAACUCCAGAGUGACAGAUCUGCAAGUAACAGACGAUACAACCAUCUCUGCUAUGAAGAAAACAAGAAGCAUUGCCCUUCUGGGGCUUGUGCUCCUCAGCUGCCUUUCUGAUAUUGUUAUUGCUCGACAACGGGCCUCCUGCGGCAUGUACCGGCUGACUGUGAAAGGGCAGCUUGCCUGUCCCCGCAACUACGACCCCGUCUGCGGGACCGACGGUGUGACCUACCCCAACCAGUGCUCCCUCUGCAGAGAAAUCUUGGUUAGACAAGGCCUCGACAAGAAGCACGAUGGAAAAUGCGUUAAGCUCGACUGUACUGGCUACCUGAAAUCAAGGAGUGGUUAUCCAGUCCCCUGCACCCUGGAGUACAGACCCAUCUGCGCCACCAACGGUGUCACCUACACAAACAAGUGUGCUUUCUGCCACGCUGUGGCGAAUGGACUGGACAUUGACAUGCAGAGUGAUGGAGAAUGCGUCCAGAUUGAGUGCAGCGAACAGAAGGGCGUCAACCCCAUUUGCACUGAAGAGUAUGACCCCUUCUGUGGCUCCGAUGGCAACACUUAUGGAAACAAGUGCUACUUCUGCAACGCAGUUUUGCAGCGACGGGGACAUCUGUUCCUCAGACACCGUGGUGAAUGCUGAGCGCUGGGGUUGUGCCCUUCUCCCUGAUUUUUCCCUUCCUGCAAUCAAACACGCUCUUCCCUGCUCCCUCAACUGUCGCACAUCGGUGUCUGCUUUGAUCGAUCAAUAAAUUAAAUGUGGCCAAUCUAUUUGCCACGGACUGGUGUGUG